AUGGGUGAUUGUUGUGAAAUUGAAGAAGGGGCGUAUGUGGAUAGCUUGCUGAAUCUGGAGUGGUUGAGGAGGAUUCUGGUGCGGGAGGAAGAUAGCAUCAUCUUCAGUCUGAUUGAGAGGUCCAAAUAUCCGAUCAACUCGCGAUUGUACGAUCAAUCCGCUGCGCCUUCUCUGCUGCACUUGUUCAUCAAGGAUUCCGAAGCUGUUCAAGCUAAGGCUGGUCGUUACACAUCACCGGAAGAAAACGCAUUCUUCCCGGAUAGUUUACCUCCUCUUAAACACAAUCCUGUCUUGCAUCCUUCAGGAGCAUCCAUCAACAUAAACUCCAAGAUACUCAACCAUUACCUCAACACACUGAUCCCUCUCAUUGCUGCCAAGGGCGAUGAUGAUGGGAACUAUGCUGCCACUGCAGCCACUGAUCUAGCAUGUCUGCAGGCUCUCUCGAGAAGGAUCCAUUAUGGCAAAUUUGUGGCUGAGGUGAAAUUCAGAGACUCCCCUCAAGACUAUACUCCGGCUAUACUUGCUAAGGUAGUUUCAUCAUUUCACUGCAGCAUUUGA